AUGGUGGGAGGAAAGGCCACAUGUAAGUGCCUGAGGAGCUCUGAUGAAAAUGAGGGGGCCAUCUUGGAUGUCCAGUGGAGCCUCUGGCUCACUCCAGUCUUAACUGCUAUCUAUCUGCAACCUCAUGAGAGGCCUAAAAUGAGAACUCCCUCUCCAAUUUUAGGUGAAGCCCUCCUGAGCAGUGUGAAGAAGAAGAGGCGAGAACGAACCCCAGACCGAGCAAAGCUGCGUGCCGCUGCAUCCCUGCGUCCAGCACCACUGUCGCCCAAGAGAAAGGCUGAAGGGGAUGCUAAAGGAGAUAAAGCCAAGGUGAAAGAUGAACCACAGAGAAGAUCUGCAAGGUUGUCUGCCAAACUUGCUCCUCCAAAGCUAGAGCCCAAGCCUAAAAAGGCCCCUGCAAAGAAAGGAGAGAAGGUACCCAAAGGGAAAAAAGGAAAAGCUGAUGCUGGCAAGGAUGGGAAUAACCCUGCAAAAAAUGGAGAUGCCAAAACAGACCAGGCACAGAAAGCUGAAGAUGCUGAAGAUGCCAAGUGA